AUUAACAUUAAAAGCGAAAAUAAUUAAAGAAAUUUAAUAAAAAUGACCACAGCAGCAAGGCCCACAUUCGAUCCUGCCAGAGGAGGCAGUGGUAAGGGAGAGAAAGAUUUAAGUGCCUUGAGUAAACAAUAUUCCAGCAGAGAUUUGCCAGGCCAUACAAGAUUGAAAUACAGAGAAACUGGUCAAGGCACAUCCGAUGAAUUGCGUGCCCGUGAUUUCCGCAAGGAGUUGGAUGAACGCGAACGUGAAGUCAGACCCAACAAAAAUUUGCCCUCCAUUGUGCGCAAAGCCAUAGAAGCCAACAAUUCCUCAAGCAGUACUGGAGGCUCCAGCAGCAAAAGAGCCAAAUUAGAUCAAACUGCAGCUCCCGUUAAUUUAGAUGCUGACGAUCCCGUGGACAAUGACACCUCCGACAGUGACUCGGAUUCAGAAGAUGAAGAUGAUACUGCUGCCUUGUUGGCCGAACUUAAUAAAAUCAAACACGAACGUUUACAGGAGACUACACGCAAAGAACAAGAAAAGAAACAAGAGGAAGAACGCAUACGUAUGGAAAACAUUUUAUCGGGUAAUCCCUUGAUUAACUAUGCUGCUGGUUCUGCUGCCACAGCGGCCAAUACAAAACCAACAGCUGAUUUAAAGGUUAAACGUCGUUGGGACGAUGAUGUAGUGUUCAAGAAUUGUGCUCGUACGGAACCGGAAAAGAAAUCACAUUUUAUUAAUGAUUCGUUGCGUAGUGAAUUUCACAAGAAAUUUAUGGAGAAAUAUAUUAAAUAAAAGGUUUACGAUUGUAGGACAAUAAUGAUUUAUCCUUUUCUACUACAAAUUAUUUGUUUAAGUGAAGUACAAGAAUAUACCCAAUAAAUUUUAAAGACUAGAAUAAAUAA